AUGAAGCAAACUUUUUUUCCGCUAGCGAAGAAAUUCGACGUCUGUGUGUUAGGCGGCGGUCCCGCCGGCAUUGCCGCGGCCCUUCGCGCCUACGAACUGGGAAAAAAAGCUUGUAUAAUUGAAGAAGCUCGUAUCGGCGGUGCUGACUUCUGGAAUGGGGCUCUGCAGUCAAAAACACUAUGGGAGAUGUCAAAAUUUGCGCGAUACAGUAUGGGCAAUACGUCUUACCGUUUUAUGAAAUCUGUUUGUGAGCUACCAAAGAUAAAACACGAAAACCUAAUCAAGGCUAUCACGACGUCCGCUGAAACGCGUGAAUCACAGACGUUAGAGGUUCUCGCCAACGCUGAAAUUGAGCUAGUUUUUGGGUUCGGCUUCUUUAAGACACCGAACUUGAUAGGUGUUGCGAAGAAAGACGGCACGGAGGAAAAUGUAGAGGCGGACUACUUUGUCAUUGCCACAGGUGCUCAGCCACGUUCCCACCCAACCGCUGUCGCGGACGGGAAAGUUGUCUUCACAUCGGAUGAUAUCAUGUGGCAGCCACUUCCAAAGAGCAUUGUUAUUAUUGGCGCGGGUGUCAUUGGAUGCGAAUUUGCAUCUAUUUUCGCUAAUUUUGGGGUAACACAAGUGAAUAUUAUUGAAAAAAGUGGCCGCAUUCUGCCCAUGGAGGAUGAGGAUAUUGCACUCUUUGUACAAACGCUUCUUGAAAAUAAGGGUGUGUGCUUUCACCAUCACUCUGCCAUGGAAAGCAGUAACAUCGAGGAAGGAAAAUUUAACUACACUCUUAGAGACGUUCGCAACAAUUCUCUUCAUGAACAUGUCACGGACAGUGCUUUGGUCUCCAUCGGACGCGUACCAAUGGUUUCGAAGCUGAAUUUGGAGGCAAUUGGCGUCAAGAUGGAAAAUAACCGCAUUAACCGUGAUGAAUUUCUUCGCGUAGCACCACACAAGAAUAUUUAUGCCUGUGGUGACACCUGUACACGUGCUGCUCUCGUUAACGUCGCCGAACUCGAGGGGCGUGCAUGCAUAGACCACAUGUACAUACCAUAUCCUGAGGAACAAUUGAAGCUGAAGCUUGACAAUCUAUCCACAAUAAUGUUCCUUGAUCAAGAAGUUGCGGCAGUCGGCCUAAAUGAGCAGCAGUGUCAAAAGAUGUCCAUCGGAUACAAGAUGGCACGAUAUAGCUACGAAUACGUUGGACGUGCACUGGCGAUGGGAAACACGAGAGGAUUUAUCAAACUCGUUGUGACAAACGACAAAAGGAUGCAAGUCCUCGGUGUGCGAGCAGUAGGUCCCCAUGCCAGCAGUAUUAUUGAACUUGCGUCGUUGGCCAUCCACAACUGUGAUUCUGCGUAUGACUUGCGCAACCUUCACGCCGCCUACCCCGCUAUCACUCAGGCAUUCCAAGAGUGUCUUCACAUGCUUUUAGGCUCAUCAAUUCUGAAACCCGGUGUCUUCCCACAACUUGUUGUCAGGGAAUGGAAUCCACCUCAUUUCGAGCACGGACGCUCAUAUGCUAAGAAAAAGUGA